AUAUACUGUCUCCCUUUUUCAGAAAAAGAUGAGAUUAAUCGGCUGCCGCAUCGUUUCUCGACACACCUGUCCUCUCUCUCUCUCUCUCUCUCUCUCUUUGUGUGUGUGUGUGUGUGUGUGUGUGAGUGUGUAAGAGAGAGAGCCAUUUAGAUUACGAAGGCUACGAAAAAUGCGCCGAUUGUAGCGCGUAAUGGCACGGAGCAGAACAGCUGAUUCCUUAACGUUAACGCAGCGGGGAUUGAAGUACGGUCGUCGUCGUCUCAACGUUCUGCCAUAUCGGAUCGCGAACGAGCAUCGUAUCUCGUACACGACGGCCACAGUUCGCGUAUAUAAAGAAAUAUAAUAUUGGCUCUCGUAUACACGGACAUUCGAUAUCGCGAACUAACAAAUAAACGCUCCACGCGAUUCCAUUUAAAGCCAAGCUCAAUUGUUUCCCGGGGAUUAUGGCCAGUCCGGUGGUCGGCACCGGAUAUAACUUUAAAGUUGUUUUACUUGGCGAGGGAUGUGUCGGCAAGACCUCGGUCGCUCUUCGAUACGUCGAGGACAAGUUCAAUGACAAACACAUUACUACGCUACAGGCAUCAUUUUUGAAUAAGAAAUUAAAUAUCAAUGGGAAAAGAGUUAAUCUGGCGAUAUGGGAUACAGCGGGACAAGAGAAGUUUCAUGCGUUAGGACCAAUUUACUACAGAAUGUCCAAUGGUGCCAUUCUUGUUUAUGAUAUUACGGACGAAGACACUUUUCAAAAAGUGAAAAACUGGGUGAAGGAACUCAAAAAAAUGUUAGGUAGUGAAAUUUGUUUAGUGAUAGCAGGUAAUAAAGUCGACCUGGAGAAAGAUAGAAAUGUUGCCAUAGACGAAGCAGAAGAGUAUGCCAAACAGGUGGGAGCUAUGCAUUUCCACACGUCAGCUAAGUUAAACCAGAACAUUGAAGAGAUGUUCUUAGAUCUAACGCGACGUAUGAUGGAACGCGCGGAUGAGGCUGAGCAAAAAUCUACUCUCACGAGGAACAAUAGCACACGCCGCAAUGUUGUAAUGGUAGAGGACGAAAGCGAACACACGCAACCGAGUAGAGGUUCCUGUUGUGGCAGUGGUGGCGGUGGCAGCGGUCUUUCGUAGAUCUUUGAACGAUUUACAUUCAGUUUCAGACAAGGUCUAAUUUCUAAUCCACGAGUUAUAUAUACGGGACGAAGCAUUUUAAAAAGCCGUGACAGAUUAGUAUCUCCAAAAGUAAAUUCUCUGUGAUAAUAAUUUGUCACAUUACGAAUGUUUCAUUUUUUAUAUGCUUGCCUAUGCAUUAUGUAUGUGUGAAUACGUAUGUAUGCCAAUAUAUAUAUACACAUAUUUGCGAGAAAUAUCUGUAUAUAUCCAUGAAUAGCCAAUUGGCUAAAAAUUAGCUAAUUUCAAGACAAAGACUUUAGAUGAUGCGGCCGUAAUGUGAAUCGAGAACAUUUUUAAAGAAAACUAAGAAAGACACUUUUUCAGCUUUUAUCUAAAAUAAUAUUUUAGGGUUUAAUGUACAUACAUAUUAAAUAUCGAUAAUUUUGUUGUACAAUAUAUUAAUUUGAAUUGUUUAUCCAGUAUCAUUGCAAUACGUUAAUUCGUCUGAAAUUAUAUAAAUUAGCAAUAUAAUAGAGUUGUUGAGUGUAAAGUUUAAAUUAUUGUUACUGUAAGUUAUUUUAUGAACAUAAAAUGGUAAGUUGUAAUAAU